UCUUGUGAAUAGACGGUUCGAGGUGAAAGCUCGCCCAAGGAACAAACUCCAAUGCCUUAAGCGAGAAAUAAAAGUCCAAUCGCAGAGAUCGCACACGGAUAGAGUCGUUAACCACAUAGAGAGGCAGUGCUUUUAGGCGAGAUUCCCGCUGGGCCUUAGGUUCCCACGCGGAAGAAUCAACGAAGUGUGAUUAGUGGUCCCGUCCACUGAAUGCUUUUACGAGCUAAGCGAAAUGAGCCUCCACACAACACGUGGUGUGCUCGGGUCGUUAUCGUUACUUGUGCCGUUUGGAUACACCGGAAUGAAAUUGGAUUAUUGAAUUAAAACACAACUUACUCGUGUUUCCGCCGUCGUCCGUGGAACGAUUCAAGUGGAUAAUGGAAGAUAUCAUCGCCGCCUAGGAACCGACCUCCACUUGUGUCUGGCUGGGCGGAAAGAGUGCUAUUGUCGGUGGAUGUCCAAAUGAAUUUAUAUGUACGAUUCGCGUACGAGUGCUAAUUGUCAUAAACGCAAACUGGUGAUUUAGGUUGUGAGAAUGAGCAGUUUGCCAUGGUGGGUGGCGUGUGAAGCAUCCUGUUUUGUGUAGGCAUAACCAUCCUGUUGCGGGGGACAGGACCGUAACGACGCAACGGUUUGAGUGGUUCGAAGCCAACACCGACGGUGCAACCGCGAAUCAUGUUACUACACUCUAUACCGUCCUUGUGAAGAGAAACUGACGUGUUAACGAGGAUAUGGAAUGGAACCACUUGGCAUAUACCUAGAAAUGUAGAUUCGCGCCCACCCACGGGAAACGGAAAUGAUAUGGAUGAACCGUCAGUACGAAGGACGUGAACCACGCCACCUCGGACCAAAGACUCAGCGAAAAGUGGUGCUACGUGCAGAAGAGAACGAAAUGAAGCUCCAGCAAAAUUCAGUGUAGUGGAUCAUAAAGAACAAUAAAUAUUACUCAAGAUGCCAUGCAGGCUAGCCAUGGGAAAGGGGAAAGUGCAUGGUUACCAAGAAAAAUGAGCUGUAUAGAUACUAAAUUCAAUUACAGUAAGUGAAGUCGAACGCCAGUCGUCGGGAAGUGAAGAACGAGUGCCACAAUGAUGACAGGCAAAUUCGAAAGAUGCCAAGAAGGAAAGUUCCAUUGCCGGGAUCGGAUGCUACUGAAGCUGAGAAGAUACGACGAGUGAUGUGGCAGUGAAAACUUUUUUUCAUUGUGAAAUAUGUGCCAUGAGAGAUUGUGAUAAAUUCAACUUCUAGCGGAAAAUGUAGAAGAGGGAAAAUAUUUUGUGAUGACAUCGUCGUACUGCUUGCAUCAUCAAUGUAACAAUGUCGCUUUCGCGACUAUUGUCUUUCUGCUCACGACGAUGAUAGAUAUGAGAGAACAAACCAUGUUAACCGAACAUCCUACAACAACAGAAUACGUACCAUAUUCUAAACAAAUCACUUCCAAUAGCAAAUUGUCGACACCGUCGGUGCCAUCGUCGUCGUCGGCGUCGAAGAUUUUGCUAAAUGUGACAACGACAGACACGGUGACAUCCUCCUUUGAGCAGCACCAGGAAAGGUCCUCUACACCUCAACAGCACGAGGCAGCCGCACUAUUGCAGUCCACACCUGCAGCCGAUCAACGGAGCACCACUGCAGAGCUACCGAGAGUCACUGCAACUGUGGCACAACCAUCGAUGGAUCAAUACAAAACCAACUAUAGCAUAAAGUACACAACUUUUCGACCAUUACUUGUACCUACUUUACCAGAUAUUCGACAUAGGAUUAUUCAUUCGAUGCCUUAUCAGUCCAAGCAUCAUCACGAGCGACAUUGGGGUCCAUUUUUCGAGGAACCACUCAACGUGACUUCCGGUGCACUGCAAGUGGGCUACCAUUUGUCAACGGAAGCAAUUCUCAACUGUAGGGUAGGAAUGCUUAAGGACAAAACGGUGAUGUGGAUCCGAAGGACAACCGAUAAGGUAUCCCUGCUAACGGUAGGCAACAACACAUACAGCGGCGAUCCACGGAUAAGGGUUAAAUUUCAGUACCCGAAUAAUUGGCGCCUACAUAUCAACCCAAUCAAGAAUGACGACGGUGGCUUGUACAUGUGUCAAGUAUCCACACAUCCGCCCAGGGUAUUCGCCACCAAUCUCACAGUGCUGGAGCCAGCAAUCCGGAUCGUGGACGAGAUGGGGUACGAAUUUUACGAUCGGUACUAUAAAUUAGGUAGCACAAUCGAUAUAUCAUGUCAGGUGUCGUUAUCGUAUUUGGCAACACUGCCGACCAAAGCGCCACCGCCAGCAUCGGCCAACACGCUUCAGCUGAUGCCACCCGGAACGGGAACGACUAACACUAAGCUCCUCAACGAGGCAGCGACAACUAGCAAUAACAAUAAAGAUAAGAGCAGGCAAUCGUUGCCGCAGAACGUCGUUUGGAAAAAAGAUGGCGUCGCACUACCGAAGGAUAUCAAGCUGAGCUCAAGCCUUUCGAAACAAUGGUUCCACAGCAGGCUGUCCAUAAUACAGGCGGAGCGAGCUCACAGCGGUAUCUACACUUGCACCGUGGCCGACAAGCAGACGACAUCCGCACAGAUCCAAGUGCUGAACGGUGAAACUCCGGCUGCGGUUCAACACAACGGUUCGGACAGAAGGCGAACUAUCACGGCACUUGUCUUCUACUGUGUCAUUUGCUGGAUUGAACUGCACAUAUCCUAUACGUAAUGUUCCCGACAUAACCCGCAUCCAGUCCAGCGACAAUAUAUCAAUCACUUCUCAAAAGGCGCAACCAUCAAGAUUAAUCAUUUUGCCGGCAGCAAAGUCACUGUCUGUCCGAUUCGCUGAUUGCUGACCGACAUCCGACAUCAACGUCGGUCACUCUCCAGCAGAUGGCCACAAUCAGCGGAAUUUUCAACUAGAAUCCGAUUAGGAAAGGCUGCGACGAGAAUAAUGAAGCGCCUCCAGUGAUGAUAAAAACCGAACAGAAUGAAACCCAAAAGUCAUGAUUUAUGUAUCAUUUUUCAUCUCCAGCACGACUUGACCGAUAUCAUCCCCAGUGAAAGCUCUUUUAAUCGACGUUUUCAGCAUCAUUGCCAUACUACUGAGGCAAAACAGCGUUUCUCAUUUAGUAUGACUCGCGGAUUUAUAACAGUUUGUUGAACGAACAAAUAAUGGUUAUUAUCGGAACAUGCAAUGAAAUUGAUUAAUCUGGUUGAAUAUCUUUUGGGACUUGCUCGUGCAAUCAUUGGCGUUUUCGGCACGUUUCGAAUUUAUGGGUUUGUAUACGCACAAUAUACAGGAAGAUCUGCUCAUCUACAAUUAUUUCAUAUAAAUUGGCGAACUCUAAGCUCACAUUUUUGUUGGUCAAUCACGUUCAGAUUUCGAUUGAGAAACGCUAAGGCCGUUCUAUUCCUUCCCAGCCAUAAAUCCGCACCCAGAGUAUAUUCCUUCCUGUCUUCCUUCCCACCACAACUUCCUAACGAGAAAUGCAAAUGCGGGACAAAGACGACUAUUCACGUUCGCACAUUACAGCAAGUAAAACCAAUCAAAAAGGAAUACAAAAUCAAAAUGUACAUUAUUUUCUAGGGAUUGAAUUUUAACGAAUUGUUAAACGUUUAUUAAGGAUUAUGUAAAUACACGUACGCCGUUGAAAAAGAUGUUCCGAGUCAAAAAGUCUAUAUAAAGCGAAUGAAAUGUUCAGCUUCUAGUCCAUCUAUAGUGAAUUUGGAAAUUGAUGUAACCUCAUCAAUUUUAUCGGAGCGAGCAUUACGAAUGGAACCGACAGAAAAACAGUGUUAGAAGUAGGUAAAUAUAUCUUCAAAGUCAUUACUACCAACUCUAUAUAUAUACACAACAUCCCCAAAGCCCAACAAACACUUUGACGAAAACCAACUGUAUCUACUGAAAAUCAAUGUUCGAAAAAGGUAACAAAAAUACAAAAAAAAAACUGAAUGAAAAAUUGUACCACUAAACCAGAAAAUGGAAACAACAGCAAAAUAUACGAAAAGAGAACUGAGACAUCUCGUACCACGUAUAUGAAGAAGCGUAA